AUGUCAUAUGUUCCAUUGACACCGACGUCUAUUCCAUCACCCACAACAUCCAGUCAGGAGCUCUAUCAAUGCGGUUUACAGUAUCCACCCACGCCAAAGCAUCAGAAGUCUAAUUCUGAUCAAGACUUAUAUCCACCUGCUGCUAUUAUCAAUCAAUUGUCUCCACCUACAAUAAAAUUACUUGGUAUCCCGAACACUGGUGCAAAAUCUAGAGUCGAGACCCAAAUAAAAAUAAUUCUUCAGCUUGAAAACAUUGAAAAUGGUCCAUGGGAAUAUUUGCGUUUGCCUUAUGGCUCUGCUUCAAAGAAAAGAUCAAAAAGAGGUGCACUCUUACCUAAUGAUGUACCUAGGCAAAAUACCCUUUAUCUGGAAACACGGGUGAAGUGCGCAACAUCACCUAAUUAUUCAGUGUAUGCUUGCACACCUUGUCGAGAUCGUGAGAAGAAGCGUUCCCAAAGGAAACGUGAGGCAAGAAGACGACCAAGGCCAAAAUCUGAAGAUGAAGAUGAGGAUCCACUUCCAAAUUCUGUACCUUCAUCUGUAAGGGAUCAAUGGGAACGAAAUAAGAUAAUCUUAUUCAAUUGUGGCGAAUUAGUUACACUCAAUACGGAAUCUGUAUUUGAAGGUGGCCAAGCGUUACCAACUGCUAUAUUGCCGACACGUAUAACGUGUUACUGUAGACAUCAUCGUGAAAAGCUUGGUUUUAUCAUCGAUUUUACUUUGAAACAGCAUGAUGGUAGCGUCGUUGCCUCAACAAGAUCGCCCCCAAUUUUGAUUACAGAUGACCAUAAAAGUACGACAAGUAAAUUAUCUACAAAUAAUGAUCCUUUAUCAUCAAAACCACGUAAAAUCGCGAAAUCAACCAGAGGUAUUACAGAAGAAGAUAAUUUAAUCCAUUCUGAUAGUAAUGAUAAGAAACCCUACGCAAGAAGUAAUAGGAGGGAAAGGACUCCGUUACAAUUUAAUCACGUUAGUAGCUCUAGUCCAUCUUUCAUUUCACCUUCAGAUUAUUCUGCGAAUAAUUUAAAUAUGACGACACCUUCAACCACACCUAGUCCUCCAAAGAAUCUGAAGGAAUUAUUACCAAACCAGAAUAUUACCCCGUUUAACCUCGGUAAUCCUUUCGAUGAUGGUACACGUAAAAUGGAAAAUACGGACGAUCUUGAAAAGUACCUUACGUCUACUUUAUCUGUUAAUUCACCACCGCAAAUGAGUGAAAAUCAGUCAGGAUUGCAAAUGAACUCUCAACUAGAUUUAUCGAUGUUCGAUUUGGAAGCUGAUAAGUUUAUUAGUAAUUCAUGGAAUCUAGAUGAUACCAAUGUAGAUAUGUCUUACAAAGAGGCAAAAAUUUCAAGAGUUGUGCCAUAUGAAGGUCCAACAAGUGGUGGUAUCGAGAUUACAAUCCUUGGAAAGAAUUUUACCGAUGGGUUGGUAGCUUAUUUUGGAGAGAAUCCAGCAUCAAAAACUACUAGAUGGGGUGAAUCUACUUUGGUAUGCUUGCUACCACCAUCAUUACAAGCAGGUCCUGUAGAUGUCACAUUGAAAGGUCCAAACUCGAGUAAAAAUGCUAUGUCUGAACAAGUUACUUUUACAUACUUAGACCAAUCAGAUAAAGCUUUGAUGGAGUUAGCUUUGAAAGUUCUUGGUUAUAAUCUUACAGGAAAAGUUGAAGACGCUAAGAAUGUGGCGAUGAGAAUCGUUGGAGCUGGAGAUGAGGAAGAGCAGUUCAAUAAUUAUCAUAAUAUGAAUUCUACAAAUAAUAACUAUGAUCUUGAAACUUUCACCCUUAACGCACUUAAAUUACUUGAUUACAAUGAUGGUGAAACAUAUACAAACAUCGUGAAUAAUCAAAGACAGACGUUAUUGCACUUAUCAUGUCAACUUUCUUUCGAUAGACUUGCAACAAUUUUAAUAAGAAAUGGGGCGGACUUGAAUGCUAGAGAUAUUAAUGGCUUAACCCCACUACACUUUGCACAUAUGUUCAAAUCAGAAGAUUGUGCUUCAGUUCUUUAUGAAAAUAGUGCAGAUCCAUCAAUCGUUGAUGCAACUGGUAAAUUGCCAAAAGAAGUCGGAAAUGUUAGAUACUUUACCAAAUUAAUCAACCAAGAUGGUGAAGAUGCAGAUGAUGAAGUUGACUUCUCAAGCUCUGAGGAAUCAAUUGAGUCAUUAAGUGAAAAGCCUAUGAUAAAGAAGCGCGAUUCUAUAAUAUUAAAAUCACCUAUUUCAAGCGAAUCAAAAGGAGUGACAAAGAAAGAAAGAAAAUUCCAUGAGUGUGAUCUUGAUAUACUUCCACCUAAAACAGAUUUCAUUCAUGAAAAGACAGAAUGGGGUUUCAAUAAAGUUGAAGAAAUAACUCAAUUCCUUGAUGAGAUUGAUUGGUCAACUAAGGCUAAACGGAGAGCUCAAAGUGUAGUUGAGGAUGUACGCUUAAUGCUAUUUUGGGCACCAGUACUUAUGUUAUCUCUAAUCUUCUCAUUCAUCUCUAUAAUACCGUUCAUGAAUAGGGUCGGAAAUCAACUUGCACCUUUACUUGGACUUCAGGCAAACUCAGAGUAAUGAAUGUAGUUCGAUUUUUUAUUUGUAAAGU